UCCACCUUAAACACUUCAUGGUCAUUUUUGUGUGCAGCCACAUUCGACUUCUUCUCAAGUUGGGCUGCUCGGGCGACACACCGGUGGAUCUCCACAAAUCGUCACUUUAAAAUACAAAAUAAAGUCCCUGCAUUUGAACUUUGUGGGCGGUUUCGUCGUGGGUUUGUCAAGCUGUAGCACUCUGCUGGCUUCAGAUGGGCGUUUCGACGGAAAUAAACAGAACGCCCCUCCAAAAAGUAUUGAUUCAUUUUUCAAACUUUCGCUGAGGAUGUGGUUAUUUUUUGGGUGCAUGGCUAUCAAAACGUGAUUAAACUACCGUUGGGAUUUUUUUUUUUUGCCUCGGAUCUCAACAUGCUGGCGAGCACGGCCAUUUACGCCGUGAGGAAACGGAAGAAGCCGCUUCAAAAAAUACCCAAACUGCCACCUCCAGAAGGUGCCAAAUCAAACCCGUCCAAACGGCACCGUGACCGACUGAACAGCGAGCUGGACAAACUGACCAGUCUGCUGCCCUUCACUGAAGAAGUUCGUGGUCGCCUGGAUAAGUUAUCCGUACUCCGCCUCAGUGUGGGUUACCUGAAGGUUAAGAGCUUCUUUAAUGCCACCCUCAAGAAUGGACAAAAUGGUUCCACCUGGUCCAGCAAGCAAAGUCCUAUACUUGGAGGAGAUGUCCAGAAUUCACUCAGAUCCUCCGUUGUGACCUCCCAAGUAGCCUCCAUUGAUGGAGUCAGCUUCUCAGAGGGAGAUCUGCUCCUCCAGGCAUUGAAUGGCUUCGUUUUUGUGGUGACCACCGAAGGUUACGUCUUCUACGCAUCGCCCACCAUCCAGGACUUACUUGGUUUCCAACAGUCUGACGUGAUCCAUCAGAGUGUGUUUGAGUUGAUCCACACAGAUGAUCGAGCGCUUUUCAGACGGCAACUUCACUUCGCUUUCAAACCAUAUUCCAGCCAGCAAGAUGGCAUUGCGGACGGCAACAGAGGGCAAAGCUGCACUGAAGUCAGCACCAACCUGGUAAUCUACGACCCAGAAGUCAUCCCUCCGGAAAACUCAUCUUUCCUGGAGAGAAACUUCUGCUGCCGAUUCCGAUGCUUACUUGACAACUCAUCUGGAUUUGUGGCUUUGAACUUCUGCGGGCGCCUGAAAUUUCUCCACGGUCAGAACCGGGUGUCAGAGGGAGGGACGCAGGUUCCCCCACAGCUGGCCCUUUUUGGUGUUGCCACACCCCUGCAGCCGCCAUCAAUCUUGGAGAUCCGCACCAAGACACUAAUAUUCCAGACCAAGCACAAGCUGGACUUCACACCUAUAGGCAUCGACACCAGUGGAAAAGUGGUUCUGGGUUACAGCGAAGUAGAACUCUUCACGAAAGGUUCAGGUUACAACUUCAUCCACGCGGCAGACAUGAUGUACUGUGCUGACAACCACGUCAGGAUGAUGAAAACGGGAGAAAGUGGUUUUACCGUCUUCAGGCUGCUGACUAAAAAGGGGAUGUGGCUCUGGGUCAAGGCCAAUGCCAGACUAGUUUUAAAGGAAGGGAGGCCAGAUUUCAUUGUGGCCCGGCAGACACCUUUGACAAAUGAAGAAGGAGAGGAACAGUUUCGUCUACAUCGGCUUCAGCAGACAUUUAGCUUCACCACUGGUGAGGCGGUGUUGUACAACCUGGUGCCACCCGUCGACAUACCUGACAGUUGCUCCCCCGCCAAACAAAGAAAGCUAGACAACCACUCAGUCAAUCCUAACUCGCUCCUGGGCUGCAUGCUGAACCAGGACCAGUCAGUGUACUGCAAGCACAACAGCGCCAACACGGUCGACAGCAUUAGCAACACUCCCUUUAAGGACUCCCACGCCACAGUCAACGUUCCAGGAGAUAUCUGGCAGCAACUUUCACCCAAACUGGCUGUUACAAGUAUAGCUAAGUCUGAGGACACAAUCCAAGACAUGGUGGAGACUCUGCAGCAGAUCCUUGCGGAUGGUGACCUCAUAGAUGCAGUGGAUGUGACAACCGAUGAGCUCAAGAGCUGGGAAAGCACGCUUCUGAAAGUGAGAACCAACAGCUGUGACCUGAGUGAUGACUUAAAUAAUGUUGCCAUGGAGGACAUCCUAUUGUAUGUGGAGGAGCAGCUUCAAAAAGAAGGGGGAUUGAAGUUGCCAGACCAGCUGGAUACCCGCGUCCCAACUUUAAACCUCCAAAACCAGGGAUCUGUUCAACCAGGUAUAGGACAGCACUUCAGCUGCGCUGAAGAGUCUCAGAGCCAGGUGUUACACAGUCGAGGCCAGAUGUCCGAACAACCAUCUGCAGUUCUAGGGACGAUGAAACUGACCCAUUUUGAUCUUCCUGAGCUGGGUUCUUCUAGCUUAAACAUUCCAGUUGCAGAGUUGAUUCCCUCAAAGCAAACAUUGUUUGUCCCUUCUCACCUUCAUAAUAGCCGCGCACACACAGGUGUACCGCCAACACAUUUAGUGGACUCCAAUGCCGAGAAACAAAAACUGAGGAGUGCACAUGUGAGUUUUAAAGACAACAACCUUGGAGUUUUAUCUUUCAUGCACCCCACUCAGAUUCAUUCCAACCAAAUGGGCCAAUCAUUGCAGAUGUGCGUGGAGCAAAGUGCGCCAAACCGGACCGUUGACCACCAUGUACAAAGAUGCCCUGAAUUUAGCUUCCAGAACAGCCAGUGGAACUCCAACCAUAUAGAUUCACAAAAUGUCUCCAACGAGCCAGUGAUCACAGCAGAUCCAGCCUCAUCCAGCUGCAUGCACAGCCACUCGGUGAUUCCCUCUCAAGGUGGACAGGACCAGAGACACUCUUGGCAGCUAGAGCAAACAACAGAACCACAGAUCAUUUCAAAUGGACCGAUGAACGCCAACCGAUUGUCAGAACUUCCCGUAAAUCCAGGGGUUAUAGUGAAGCAUAACCCUGCCCUUUACAGCUCAUUGAUGAGGACUCCAUCUAAUGUUGAGCACGGCAUGGAGGGGCCACGUAUCACGCCUUCAAGUAGUUGUAUGUUAAAAAAGGCUCCUCCUUAUGUGCCUGUGAACGAAGGGUAUAUGAGUCAGACUCCGUCCUGUCAGAGAUUGAAACACACCAAUGUUCACAUUUCCACACCCUCCUGCUUUUAUCGGGGUGAUGGCGGGGCUACAUCCAGUUCAAAUAUGGUACCGCUUUCAUGUCAAAUGACCCCAAACAGUGUGGACCUGAACAACCCGCCGGUGCAACAACUGUCGUACCUGAACCAAAGUGACCGGCUCAACAGCCAUUCAGGUCUCGGAAAUGGUGGCGUGGACUUUCCUCAUUUCGGAACGGGAACUCCGGGUCCUCGGAGAACCAACGGGAAGCAGCUCUGAGUGGUAGACGCUAGAGGAUCCCAAUAUGAACUGAUCGUCAUCAAUCAUGAAUGACAGAAAUGCGCUUUUGAAAAGGACAAAAGGCAAAACAAGAAAAGAAUUCAAUUUAAGCAUUACGCUGGAACCAAAAAGAUAAACGAUUCAGGGCUCCUGAUUUUAGUACGCUGUGGAUUAAAAAUGACCUUUAUUGAAAUCACAUGAUGUCCAAUCUAAGAGAUUACACUAAUGUUAACAAAGUUGCAAAGCUACUUCAAAGCAAUUAGAUUAAUUUAUUUGUUGUUCCUUUUUGAUCUCUCUUUUUUUUUAUUCUUUAUGAAACUAUUCAACCUGUGGAAUGAAUCUGAUGGAUGAACUUGAUGCCAGUUCUAUGCCAACUCAAACAAACACGCACAACUGAGAUCUCAGAAGGAUAAGAUUUUAUUUUCUAAGGUUUUUUUUUUAUAUUAAACAUAGCGCGACGUUCAUUUCAAGCCCCUAUGCAUUACAAGCUUCAGCCAGCCAACAUGAGAUCAACUGUUCUAUCUUAAAGGAGCAAAACGCUACAUUUUGAGACACUGUCAUUCUCGCAAGGUUGUAUUCAUGUCGUUUUUCUGUUUCCAUGGAAAGUAACUGAGACAAUGCCUUAAAAGGGAUGAUUGACAGAUUUUGGAGUGCAACCCAAGUUUACCUUUUGCUGCAUAUGUAUUUCAUUGUAAUCAUGGAGCUGAACGGAAAACAAGCUGUUUGGCAGUCUCUAACAAUUACUUAAAAGUGAAGCUGUCCUUCAACAUUUUGCAGCAAAUGUCCGUCCUCCCCAUCUUUCCUGUUUGUCGCAAUUUUGUGGUUAAUGUAUGGUGCACUGCAGAAGUAAAACCACAAACGCUGCUAUUUUCUGUUCUAAAUUAAUGGUGAAAUGGUGGAAAACUUCAAUGUAUUGUUUUGGGUAUCUUAAAAAUGUAGCUGACUAUAUUCUGAAAGUCACAUUCUCCAAAUGUACCAUUCCUGCGGCCACAGCACAUACAGUACAUAAGCGUACAACUCCCAUAUUUCAUAUGUAAUGGAUGCCUUAUGCGGUGUGUCCUAACGAGUUUUGUCUGGUAUGUAUGGUAUAUUUAGAACAUUUCAGCAUUGUGUUGCAUUAUGGUCCUGUAUUUUAUCGUAAUGUGCAUUUAACAACUGCCAAGCGAUGAAAGGAGAAACCAUAGCCAGCAACAACAAAAAACUUUGUUUUUGUUCCCACAAUGCUUUGAAGAAGGGUGUGGGAUGAACCAUGUAAAAAAUAUACUUUA